AUACAUUUUGCAUUUUAGCAUUGAUCUCUCUACCUUCUUUGCUGUCACAUAUUGCUAUUUCUUAAUGACGAGUUUCAACACGUCCGUGAUCGGUACCGAGAAAAAUUCCGCUGUUGAAGGAGUUGGCCAAGCGGCCGUCCAUUCUCAAUCCUAUCUUGAAAGAUCACCAGUGUAUAAAAGUCUCCUCUGUUGAUUGAAGAAAUAAGAGUUUGGUUUUGGCACAACGAAAUGGAAUGUACUGGUGAGGCUCGACCAAUACCUAGUAAAGUAUCUCUUUAUAACUACACGUGCCAGUAUUGACCAGGAGAUUUCCCCGUAGCAGCCUCUUUCUUCCAUCUUCAGCAAACCACACAGGCGCUAUCCUUUCGAUAUUGCUAGUCGCUGACCGGGUAGCAGGAACCGGGUCAUCACGAAUUAUAUUACUCUCGCAGUUCAGGGCCGUUGAUCAAUUUAUCGCGAUUGAAUAAGCCCCUACGAAGGAUUUUCAUCUCACGGAAAUGUCUUAUUCCACCAUUCGCCAUCCAUUUUUCUACACCCACCUUCAGAUAUAUUACAAAGCUCGCGCGCUUCAAGUACCGAGGCGUGCACGAUGCGAGGAAGGGCUAAACUUAGUUUUCUGGAAAUCGGAUCUUGGCUGUUACGGAUAAAAUCGUCGGCUGAAGCAGCCGGAACGACAUCAAUCAGGACACUUCUCAACCCCAAUAUGUCAGAUCACGCGGAAGCUUUCUCAGACGCUGAAGCCAAUAGGAAAUACAUCGUGCCUCAAGCCCUAGUUCGGUACGGACCGAGAAGUCCCGUUGUGUUGAGCCAGAGCACGGAAAGGCGAAUUUAAUGGCCGUUUCUACCCCAGAUUUGGCGACAAAGCCGCAAAGUCGUGAGCAAUGCGGGGUGCCUUGCAGUAUUCCGUCCAGUACUCGAUGGUAGAUCGGGCAAGGAACAGGGCACAAAAGGAUGCAGAUGCUUUCCAGCUAGGGUUCACGUCCCUGUGUUCCUUAAAUGAGUUAAGAUGAGUUGGUAAACUAAAUUCUCGGAUCCAGAUUGAGAAACGGGGAGAAUAUAUUAUAUAUGUCUCAUUGUAUCUUGAAGGCGUAAGCUUUCUUUCUCUCCUGGUUGUGGCCACCGUUUCUCCAUUUCUCCCAUCAUGUUUCUCUUUCAAGGUGCGGCCUUGCUGGCUGCCAGUUUGCUUUCGAGCUCUGUUGAGGCUGUCGCCUCUCAAGCUUUCACCUGGAAGAAUGUCAAAAUUGGAGGUGGCGGUGGCUUUGUUCCAGGAAUUGUCUUUAAUCCCACCACCAAGGGCCUGGCUUAUGCUCGAACUGAUAUUGGAGGGGCAUAUCGUCUCAAUGCCGAUGAUUCAUGGACUCCAUUGAUGGACUCUGUAAACACCUCCAACUGGUCAGUCGAAGUCCAAUGAAUACCUGCCACCAAACUUACCGAAGUAGGCACAACUGGGGCAUCGAUGCACUUGCAACUGAUCCUGUCGAAACCAACCGCCUGUAUGUUGCUGUUGGGAUGUACACCAACGAAUGGGAUCCGAAUUUGGGAUCUAUACUUCGCUCCACUGAUCAAGGAAAUACUUGGGUGGAAACAAAACUUCCGUUCAAAGUUGGCGGGAACAUGCCCGGACGUGGCAUAGGCGAGCGUCUCGCUGUUGAUCCGAAAAGUAACAACAUCAUCUACUAUGGAGCAAGAAGCGGCAAUGGUCUCUACAAGAGCACAGAUUUUGGUGCUACAUUCUCGAAAGUCACUGCUUUCAAAUGGCCUGGCACGUACUUUCAGAAUUCGUCCAGCUCGUACACCUCUGACCCUGUUGGCAUUGCCUGGAUCACAUUUGAUACGACAACCGGAACCAAGGGAUCUGCCACCCCGAGGAUCUUUGUCGGCGUUGUUGAUGCUGGACAAUCCGUAUUCAAAUCUGAGGAUGGUGGUGUCACAUGGGAUUGGGUUUCUGGAGAGCCUCAAUUGGGAUUCAUCCCACAUAAAGGUGUUCUCUCGCCCGCGGAGAAGGUAUUGUAUGUAUCAUAUGCCAACGGUGUUGGACCAUACGAUGGAACCAAUGGCACAGUACAUAAGUACAACAUCACUUCCGGAGCGUGGACCGACAUUAGCCCAACUUCUCUUGCCUCGACGUACUAUGGAUAUGGUGGUUUAACUGUUGACCUACAACGACCUGGGACUCUGAUGGUUGCGGCACUCAAUUGCUGGUGGCCAGAUGAGCUUAUCUGGAGAAGUACGAACGGUGGAGCAACUUGGUCGCCAAUCUGGGAGUGGAACGGAUACCCCGCCAUCAAUUACUACUACGGCUUUGACAUCUCUCAGGCUCCAUGGUUAGUUGACAGAACUUCAACGGCAGAGUUUGUUGCCAAAGUAGGAUGGAUGGUAGAAGCGCUUGUGAUAGACCCAUUUGAUUCAAACCACUGGUUGUACGGGACUGGAGCGACGAUUUAUGGAAGCCGAGAUCUCUUGAGGUGGGACAGUGUCCAUAAUGUGACCGUGAAGUCUCUCGCCAACGGCAUCGAGGAGACAGCAGUCCUUGCCCUUCUCGUUGUACCUGGUGGCCCUCCUCUGCUGUCAGCGGUGGGAGAUAUUGGAGGCUUCACUCACACCAGCUUGGAUGUCGCUCCGGAUCAAGCAUGGCAUACCCCAACUUAUGGUACAACUCGAGAUAUUGAUUAUGCCGGUAACAAGCCCGCAAACUUGGUCAGAUCUGGAGAAAGUGAUACCUCGAUCAACGUGGCCGUCUCAUUCAACUACGCAUCAACUUGGAACCCAUACUACGGCGCAUCUCAAAGCACUGGUCCUGGAAAAGUUGCCAUUUCAGCUGAUGCUGAUAGCAUCUUGUUGAUGUCCUCCGCGAAUGGACCCCUCAUUUCGAAGAACACGGCUACGUUCAGCGCUAUUCCAACUCUGCCGUCGGGAGCAGCAAUUGCAUCUGAUAAGAGAAACAAUUCCUACUUCUAUGGAGGUUCAGCUGGCAGUGUUUACGUUUCAUCAAACGCCGGUGUGACAUUUGCUAAGACCGCCACCCUGGGUGCCUCAACUGCGGUCAACCAGAUCCGAGUUCAUCCAACUAUUGCAGGUGACGUGUGGGUAAGCACUGAUACUGGACUCUUCCACUCCACCAAUUUUGGAAGUACCUUUACCCAAGUCGGAAGCGGCGUGACUGCUGGGUGGAGCUUUGCUUUCGGCGCUGGCGCAACCGCAUCAGCCUAUCCCACAGCUUACGGAUUCUUCACCAUCUCCGGCACAACCGCUCUCUUCAAAACCGAAGAUGCAGGACUCAACUGGGCUAUGAUAAGUGAUGCCGCCCAUGGCUUUGGCGCUGCAUCUGCAAAUGUUGUCGGUGCUGAUAUGGCUACCUACGGUAAGGUGUAUGUGGGUACCAACGGUCGUGGAAUUUUGUACGGAAUCGCUUCAGGCAAACUCCCUCCAUCGACAGCGACAGCUUCGGCUACAUCGACAAGCAAGGCUACAUCUGGAUCGAGCAGUGUCCCAACCACUGUCCCUACAUCGGCAACUUCUAGCAAGUCUGCUACAGUCAUUACUACUACCAGUUCGAAAACUUCGACAACAUCGAAGACCAGUACAGCGGCCACAGCAACGACUUCUUCAACCAUUGCACCAGCUGGGCCAUACGGACAGUGCGGUGGAGGACCAGGUUACACUGGACCAACUACUUGUGUCGCUGGCUGGACAUGCAAGUACUCUAACGAUUUCUACUCGCAGUGCCUGCAAUGA